AUGGUCGAUAUAACAGCUCAAAAUGUUGCUACUACACUUAUCAGUGGUUGGAUAUCCAGUUAUGGUAUCCCAUUAUAUAUAACUACGGAUUUAGGAAAGCAAUUCGAGUCAGCUGUUUUUAAAAAAUUAAUGGAGUUCCUGGAAGUUAAACAUUUACGUACCACACCGUACCACCCACAAUCAAAUGGUAUUAUAGAGCGUUGGCAUCGUUCAUUAAAGUCUGCCAUCAAAUGCUCUGAAACAAAUAGCUGGAGCGCUGCUCUUUCAUUGAUACUGCUUGGCAUGCGUACCGCCGUUAAAAGUAAUAUUGGAUUAAGUCCCGCCGAAAUGGCUUUUGGUGCACCUUUGAGAAUUCCCGGCGAAUUCUUAGUUCCUCGAAAUAAUACUGCUAGUGAGACAGAAUUCACUCAAGCGCUUCACAAAGCAAUACUCAGUCUCCCUUCAACAAAUCCACAACGACAUGGUAAUUAUCAACAGUUCAUACCUCCAUUGUUAGGUAAAUGUAAAUUCGUGUUUGUAAGAAUCGAUCGAGUUCGAACACCGUUACCAAUCUACGAAGGAUCGUUUGAAGUAAUAAAUAAGUAUGAAAAAUGUUUCAUCCUGAAAAUCCAUCAACGAGAAGUCAAAAUAUCAAUCGAUCGUCUAAAAGCAGCUUAUUUAUUUAACGAUACAGCAAAUGCUAUACCAAUAAAUCCAUUUUUUAGUCAUAGUAGUAGUAAAAUUCCUUCAGCAAAAGUUGAAAGAAAAACUUCAAAUGCGUUAUGGUUGUAA